CUGUUCCCUCCCCCCGCGCCGCUCUCUAACCGAGUCCUGAGCCCGAUCUCCUGCUCCUCCCCUGCAACGCCCGCACCCGUCCCGAUGGCCCAGGCCAUGGCCGCCGCCUCCGAGCUGGUUACCCCCCUGAAGCGCCCGUUCGGGAGCGACGGGCUCGGCGACGGCAACAUCAGCAGCAGCAGCAUCAACGGCAGCGUCGCGCUCGGCGCCGACGACGAGAAGCCCAAGGCGCGGCGCCGGGAGGCGGACCCGGCGGCGGCGCUGGCCGCGGCGCGGCACGAGUUCGGCGAGCACGGCGGCGUGAACAUGUCCAUCGAGGCGUCGGCGACGUUCACGGUGAUGGAGCCGGACACGAUGCGCCGGCUGUUCGCGGGGGAGCUGGGCCCCGACCGCGGCGACAUGUACAUCUACAGCCGGCACUUCAACCCGACGGUGCUGGCGCUGGGGCGGCAGAUGGCGGCGCUGGAGGGCACCGAGGCCGCCUACUGCACGGCGUCGGGGAUGUCCGCCAUCUCCGCCGUGCUGAUGCAGCUGGUGGGCGCGGGGGGCCACGUGGUGGCGUCGCGGUGCCUGUACGGCGGCACCCACGCGCUGCUGUCCCGGUUCCUGCCGCGGGCGUCCGGGUUGCGCGCCACGUUCGUGGACGCGGACGACGAGGCCGCCGUGCGCGCGGCCGUGGUGCCCGGGGAGACCCGGGUGGUGUACGUGGAGACGAUGUCGAACCCGACGCUGGCCGUCGCGGACAUCCCGAUGCUGGCGCGGGUGGCGCACGAGGCGGGGGCCAAGCUGGUGGUGGACAACACCUUCACCCCCGUGGUGGUCUCCCCCGCGCGCCUCGGCGCCGACGUCGUCGUCCACAGCGUGUCCAAGUUCAUCAGCGGCGGCGCCGACAUCAUCGCCGGCGCGAUCUGCGGGCCGGCGAGCCUGGUGAACGAGAUGAUGGACCUGCAGGAGGGGGCGCUGAUGCUGCUGGGCCCGACGAUGAACGCCAAGGUGGCCUUCGAGCUGUCGGAGCGCCUGCCGCACCUGCCGCUGCGGAUGCAGGAGCACUCGCGCCGGGCGCUGGCGUUCGCGUCCCGGAUGCAGCGCCUGGGCCUGCGCGUGCUCUACCCGGGCCUCCCCGACCACCCGCACCACGCGCGCCUGGCCGCCGCGGCCAAUCCCGGGUACGGCUCCGGCGGGAUGCUCUGCGUCGACAUGGGCACCGAGGACCGCGCCAACCGCCUCAUGCACCACCUCCAGAACACCACCCAAUUCGGGCUCAUGGCCGUCAGCCUGGGCUACUACGAGACGCUCAUGUCCUGCUCGGGGAGCAGCACCAGCAGCGAGAUACCGCCCGAGGACCGCGCGCGCGCGGGCAUCUCGCCGGGGCUCGUCCGCAUGUCCGUCGGCUACAACGGCACGCUCGAGCAGCGGUGGGCGCAGUUCGAGCGCGCGCUCGCGCUCAUGCAGCCGCCGCUGCCAUCGCCGACGGCGGCGGCGGCGGCGGCGACGGCGCUGCUGCACCACAAGGCCGCCGCCGACCGCGACGUCCCCGACGCCGGCAACAGCAACCACCGCAAGCACUGACCGAUGUCCGACUCCAAAUGUGUGCUGGCAGGGUGAUAUGUGCGUGUUUCUGGUGUAUAUUAUACUAUUAUUACUACCAUUUAAGUAAGUAAGGGUAAGGUUAAGCACCGUCUGACCCCUCUGGUUCAGAUGGAUAAGCCAGCGAGUGUAAGCCGCUUCAUCUCUGGGGAUCCUGAAAACGGACCUGAAUAAGUGUAAUCAGUGUGCUACUUAAUCUGAACUUGUUGCAGGAA